AUGGUCGCCACAUACGCCCGGCCUCCGCCAGUCUUCGUCCAGGGCGAGGGCUCAUGGCUCUGGGACAUUGAAAACCGAAAGUACCUCGACUUUACGGCGGGCAUUGCCGUCACGGGGCUGGGCCACAGCGACCCCGAGAUCACGGACAUUAUUGCCCAGCAGGCCGGGACGCUGAUCCACGCUUCAAACUUGUACUACAAUCCCUGGACGGGCGCGCUGUCGAAGCUGCUUGUUGAGAAGACGCUCGAGGCGGGAUGCAUGCACGAGGCGGCGCGCGUGUUUAUAUGCAAUUCUGGCACGGAGGCGAAUGAGGCUGCGAUCAAGUUUGCGCGCAAGGCGGGCAAAGUUGUCGAUCCGUCGGGCGACAAGGUGGAUAUUGUUUCGUUCAAGCAUGGGUUUCAUGGACGCACGAUGGGGGCGCUGUCGGCGACGCAUAAUCCAAAGUACCAGAAGCCGUUUGCGCCGAUGGUGCCGGGCUUCAAGGAGGGUGUUUACAACGAUGUUGCUGGUAUUAAUGAGCUUGUCAAUGAGAAGACGUGCGGUGUCAUUGUUGAGCCGAUCCAGGGCGAGGGAGGCAUCUUUGCCGGCAGCGAGGAGUUUAUGGUUACGCUCGCCAGGCGAUGUCGCGAAGUUGGCGCUGUUUUGAUAUACGAUGAGAUUCAGUCCGGCAUGUCACGUACCGGCAAGCUCUGGGCUCAUGGGAAUCUUCCCAAGGAAGCUCACCCGGACAUCUUGACCAUGGCCAAGGCCCUCGGCAACGGCUUCCCCAUUGGCGCUGUACUUGUUACUGAAGCUGUGAGCGAGAAGAUCCAGCUUGGUGAUCACGGCACCACAUUUGGCGGCAACCCGCUUGCGUGCCGCCUUGCGCACCACGUCCUCACCAAGAUUUCUGCGCCGGAGCUGCUCGAGGGCGUGCAAGCUAAAUCCAAGGUCUUCAUGGACCGCUUCGCCAAGCUGCAGGCCAAGUUCCCCGAGUUGAUUACUGAAGCUCGUGGGCGCGGUCUUAUUCUCGGCCUGCAGCUUACUGAGGACCCGGCUGCGAUUGUCAAGGCCGCGAGGGAGAGGGGAUUGUUGGUGAUUACGGCGGGGACGAAUACGUUGCGGUUCUUGCCGAGCUUGGUGAUGACGGAGGAGGAGAUUCAUCAUGGAUUGGAUAUUUUGGAGGAGGCGAUUGGGGCUACGAGGGCUUAA